GAACAGCCUGCCUGAUUGCGUGGUCCAGGUGUCAAACAUGCAACUGAACCCUGAAGCAUUGUUUGACAUAAGAGCUUUGGAUCAUUCUUUGGGUUGCAGGUGCACCUCAUUGGAUACAAAAACCUUCACAUUCCUUCUUCCACCGACUUCCAACUUAGUUUCUGAAAAGUAGACACAUUUGUUUGUGAAAAACCAAGGAUUGAGAAGUUGUCCCAGUUGGCUGCUUUUCACCAAAGUUUGCUUUUUGGUUCGGUCGAUUCCGUUCUGUGAGCCAACAGCUGGUCUUGCUCGAGUGGCAACCUGACUGGCUCCACAGACUGCUUGGCAAGAGCCAUCAGGGCCAUCAGAUGUUUUCAGCCAGAGGCAUGAAGGCUUUUACCUUAUGACAGUGAGUGGUCGGAGCUUGAGCCUGCAGACCGAAACGCUUGGAUGGGAAAGAUAUUGUGGAAGGAAACGCAUUCAUAUGGCCUCCUUCUUCAAGCAGCUGCCAUGUCCGGGCUCGGCGGACUUUGUUCUUUGAGUGAACCCCCAAGCAUGCUGGCACGGAUACUCUCCAUGGAGAAUCCAAAUUACUGUUCACAUCUAACUACUGUAGUAGUGCAGCAGAGGUGCAAACAGAAACGGUCUUUCUCAAGAGCUGUUCCGCAAAGAAUCCUCCUGCGCAAGGUCUCCAAUUUGCUGCAUAUUGGGAAGCCCUUUUUUGCGCGUGCAAAUUUAAUUGCUGCUACAGCUUGAGAUGACGCACUUUCCCACUGUGCCAGAUUGGCAGAUUAAGUCCUGUGCAUACCAGGCAGCAUAUUCAGCAUGGGAAUUUGAAUGGAGCAGGUUCACAAGACUUGAUUGUUCAAUUGUUGCAGCAUGAGUCGUGAGAUAUUUUUUUGCCUGGGAAAAGGGACCUGCAGCACCAAGGACGGAGCCGUUGUACAUCAGCGCAGCAGAGUUCCAGAUGAGCAGCGGCCAAAACUUCCCAAGUGACAAUUUGAAGAGAGGUUAAUGUAUUAUGCCUUCGCGAAAGCAAAACAUGCAGUCGCGAAAGAUCCGCGCAAGAUUGUGCGAACUUUUCAGUGACCAAUCCUUCAGGUCCACCCAGCACCAGACAGUUCUUUUGGAUUCUUUUAGAGUUCCCCCAUAGCAAUCCUAUAUGAUUGGUUGACCUGUACCCCAUAUCUAAUGCGCUUUAUUGGUUUCACAUGCCUCCCGAAACUCAGCCAGAGCUCCCUGCCCUGGGUAUCGUCGGCACCGCUCAUGAAGGUCGAACCACUUCGCCAAGAAAAAACUCGCUCGAUCUUAAGCUCGCUGCACAUGAAGCUUCGAUCUAUACCCCUGCCCCUGCAAUUCAUGUUUGGACAGUUUGCAAACCUAGAGUUCCAGCAGCAACAAAACAAUUCUUGAAUCCAAGCCCCAAGUGGCACGAUUUUGUUGUUCCCCCAUAGUAAGCCUACAUGUGCCGCCGACGCAUCUCUUCGUCCACUGUGUUGGAAGUCAAGAAAAAGUUUUGCGUCUCCAAGAUUCUCUCCAACUCGUUUUCCAGAGAAUUUCCAAUCUGAAGCUUCAACGGGCCUUGACUUGUUCGGACAGUUUCUUCAUGUUGGGCAAGCUUAAAUCUUGCAGUAUGUGUGACCAAUCCUUCAGGUCAACCCAGCACCAGACAGUUCUACAAAUUUGGCACAAGUGCUUGAGGUAAAGACACUGGCCUUGAUCUCUCAUGAUUUCUUCAGUUGUUGUUGCUUUGCGCAAAGUUGGGGACGUCCCCAGCUGCAUUUCGAUGAGGCUAUCGAAGUCCCAUCAAUGAGAAUUGGGGACUCGGACUCUGGCGGACAAAGAGAAGCUUUCUGCUGACAAGGGGGCGGUUGUACCAUGAGCAAUCCGUUCGUGCAAACGUGUUUUAAUGUUUGACCCUGGCAAAAAAAGGCAUGAUGUUUGCCCCCUCAAGAAACCUUGGCGGACAAACAUCCACAAAGUCAUCUGUGCAAGGUGACCAUGGGAGGACGGGCAAUUGCCCUUUGCCGUAUUUCUUUACUUUGAAUAUUUUGUUGUUUCCACCAUAGUAUCCCUAUAUGAUUGGUUGACCUGUGCCCCAUAUCUAAUGUGCUCUAUUGGUUUCACCUACCUCACGAAACUCAGCCAGAGCUCCCUGCCCUGGCUAUCGUCCGCACCGCUCACGCUUGAUCUUAAGCUCACUACUACACAUGAACACAUGAAGCUUGGAUCUAUGCCCCUGCCCCUGCAAUUCAUGUUUGGACAGUUUGCAAACCUAGAGCACAGACGUUGUCAUCAGCAUCAGGCAGAAGUCUUCAUCUUUGUAGUCUGUCAUGCAACAAGUUCUUGAGAAAACCGCGAGCUGUGUGCAUCAGUGGCAGUAGGAAGCCAAAACAAGAUUUCUUCGGCGCAGCAAAUGCGUAUUGAGAGGUUCCCAAAGGAAGAGACUGUGCUACGCUCAAGCAACACAGACAACUGCCAUUUGAAGUCACUGUCCAAGUGACAUCUUGCAGGUCUUCCAAGACAUUCAGUGGAAUGAACUGGUGAGGAAAUUAUAUCCGGUCUGGUCAAGAGCCUAGUGCUGUACUUGUGCUGUAGGUCUAUCGGUUUGUGCCAUUUCUGGUUGCCCGCCCGCCCACCCACAGAGAAGCAUCAGAGUUGUAAGAUGUGUUUUUUGGAUUGUCAAGAAAUGAAAGGGCGUACUCUGAGGUUGCAGGGUGGCAGUGUGGCAGCCUCCUUCUGAGGAAGGUAUCAUCACAUGACCAUUAGACCCCAUGACUCCGUGACCACAAAGCCGCAUCUCCGCAAUCUCACCCCAUAACCCCACCAAGCAUUGUGCAUUUCUGUUAGACACCACAUAGUAUUGUCAUAUCAUAUUCGACCAGACCAUUUGAGCACGUUGACUGGGCAGACCAUUUGAGGGCAGAACGCAGCUUUGCCCAACAAGAGCUUUACAUUCAGGACAGCCAGAAAUUAAGUGACAUCUUGCAGGUCUUCCAAGUCAGCGGAAUGAAUAAGUGAGGGUUUGCCAGAAGCCCGGAGAGAGUCCUAAAGGAGAAGACCUUACUACGCUCAAGUAGCACAGACAACUGCUGCUGCUGUUUGAAGUCAUUGCCAUUUUGCUUUGGUGAAUUUGGUCGAAUGCCGACUCAGUACAUGCAUCCAGAUUCCAAGUGACAUUUUGCAGGUUUUCCAAGACAGUCAGUCGAAUGAAUUGGAGAGCAAGUCUAGUGACUGUACUUGUGUGCUGUAGUAGGUCUAUAGGUUUGUGCCGUUUCUGGUUGCCCGCCCGCCCACCCACAGAGAAGCAUCAGAGUUGUAAGAUGAAUAAGUGAGGGUUUGCCAGAAGCCCGGAGAGGGUCCUAAAGGAGAAGACCCUACGACGCUCAAGUAGAUUGGGGCGCAUUUUUGAAGUCACCGCCACCACAGCUUGGUUGUUUGCCUCAGAACCGCCGUCGCUGAGGAUUGAAGACGCCCCAGCCCCCAGCUUCACCCUGCCGCUGUACAAUCAGCAUGCUGGGCAAGAGCUUCCAGGAGGCCGUAUGAUUGCUGGGUUUGUGACUGGAUCUAGAAUAGAAGACCUCCUCCUACAAGAUGGCCCUGAUGGUUGCAACAUGUUGCAACCCAAAUGCGACUCAGAUGGGCCCUUAGUAAGGCCACUGAGGCCACUACCUGGCGCGCUUGACCUGGCGAAUCUAGGCAGGUGUGUUCUUGAGCCAUUCCCUUUGAGACAAUGUAAUCAUCUGAGUGUCCUCACUCAAUUCAUAUGAGUGAAACGACUCCUGCAAGCUUGUGCGCUCCGGGCUGGUGCGCAGCGCCAAGCUCGGCUGCAAUUCAAGAAGCAAACGCCGGGCUGUUCAUAACAGGGUCCAUGUGAAUCUGUGCAUUUCAGAACCAGAAGAACUUCAAUCUCCCGGUUGAGGUCGUGAUGUCCAUACAACUGCCUGCUCACUGACACUUUGUUCCUACAAGUCACAACAAUGACAGAGAGCGCCAACAAACCAUCGACCCAGUAAGAUGCAUCUCAUUUUGGAUGGAAUCAAAUUCAGCUCCGGAGCUGGCAAACAAUCACUGGCGAGAACGACCCCUGGAACCGCAUCAGUUCGUCGAGUUCGAAGUGAACACGAUUCAAGCUAGCAUUCAAAAUGAUUUAAGCAUAGCAUCGAGUUGUUCUGCACCUCAGCCUCAGUCCACCGUAUUCCUGUUGCCGUGUCAAAGCCUCAGCAUCGCUUAAUCUUUGUGGAGGACAGCCUUACGCCCCGCAGCAAAUCAGCCGACUCCUGUUUCUGGGGACGUCUAGAGCCUGGACAGGGUUCAUCAAGCUCAGCGACAACCAUUCUGUGGUAUCAUCAAGCCUUGCAUGAACAGGCUGGUCUAGACAUUUGGCCCUUUCCCCACCAGGACCUUAUUUGUUGAUUUUUUGGGUACGAUAUUUUUAGAUUACUCUGCUCGAGUUCUCGAAAUCUGCUCGUUUUAGAUCCCAAAUGCUUUUGAACUAAUGGUCCCACCCUCCAGCGCGCACCGCCACUCACACCGCCUUGGACCUGGACGACCUGGACAAGCAAGCAUCAGCUAGACCUGGCCUUUGGAUGGAGAUCUCGAUCGUGAGCAGGCCUGGAUGGACGAGACGGCGCCGGAGCAGCCUAGCCCUUGGGGGCGAUGGCAGACUUCAAAUUCCUGGGCCGCGUCAUGCAGCGCAUAGAGGAACGAGGAGCAGAUCUGUGACAUGUCGGUGCCAUGACUCCACUUCUUGGAGGACUUGAAGGCUUUGGCCUACGUCCUACGUGCAGUGCUCGAGACCAUGUUGGACAGCUCUUCGCGACCAGCGCGAGACUGCUGCCAAGUGAGCCAACGGAGGAGCUGACGCUGCAGGUACAGCUUUCAUUCUGCGGCGUUCUUCCGUUCCCCUGUUUGUGUCGUGAACGAGUUCUCCACGGUGACCCAACUGGACCGCUCUCCCACUCGUCUACCACAGCCGAUGACAUGGCUAGCCAUGAUCACAGGACACCCUACCAAAGAUCCAAUGUGGAUGACACGGUGCCACAGGGGAAAAAAGAAAACUCUCCCUGCUGCGGGUUUGCAUGAUCAGAGCUGGCCUCCUUGAACUCCCUUUCAAGAAGGUUAUGGAUCACCUGCACGCGCUGACCCCAAACAACCAGAGACCGAUAUGGACCAUUCAACGGCGGGUACCAUACCCCGGCCUCUCAAAAGCAUCCAAAGCAAUCCCCCAUGGUUUGGUUCACCUGCCCGCCAUCCAAGGCAUUGCUGGUGGUCACACACACACACAAGUGCGCGAGCUCGUUUACAAAAAACUCAGUUGAUCGUGUUUUUGGUGUACGUUAUGGGAGGUUCAGGCAUAAAUGCUCUUGCCUCUCAGACGCCUCGUUGAUCAACACUGUUCAACCCAAGCUUGUCGCCAGACUCCCCCUCCAUCACACCAGUCCAGACUUUGUUCAUCCAUGGGCCCAGACGUUGAGCAUUGUUCUAGGCGCAUCCCAAGGCGCACAGCCAACUCUCGCCAGGUGUGAGUUUCAACAUCAUGAAAAGCUGUGCUUAAUUGCUGGUAUUUUGCUCCAACUAUCGCCCAGCUAGGCCAGUUCUCGGAGCAGUCGCAGUGGGAUCUCUUUGGCCGGAUUAAGGCCGAACCAAGGAUCCACAAGUCCAGGCGGAAGUUGAACCGGCACAGAACUUCGCCUCAAGAAGAGUGGCAAAAUUCAAUUUGGUUCCCCUCGUGUCGUGUCGUGUGCGUGUCGAGCUGGCGCCUUUUCCGGCGCAAUCGAGCGAACGACAUCCUUCGGUCUCCGGACAUGGUGUCCCUCGAGCUGGCUAUGCCUUUUCCCACCGGCCAUGCACCAAAAGGUCCCGUUUGGUAUGAAAUGCACGUUGUUUCAGGGUGCCUGAGUUUUCAUGUGUGCACGGCCUAUAAGCUAAUACAUGAAUAGUACUGUUUGGAUACUUCCAGAAGUUGCUCCGAUGGAAUUCAGAUGAACAUCGAACUUGACGUGCAAGUGUGUGGAUGUCCAGCGGACCCACCAGGCCUUCUGACUGCCACGUGGUCACUGGAAAUUGCCCAAAGCUUGAGGUCUAGACAUCAUCCAUCGGGGCCUUCAGUCUGUCCAUUGGUCCAAAGGUCUUUCAUAAGUGCUGCGGAGGUUGCAUCAGUGGCUGAUUUGGGGUUCCUCGCCAGCCAAGCUCAUGUUCUCGACCUUUUGGGAGGCGUCCAGACAUGACCUCUGAUUCGGUCAUCGAGUGCCGAUCACUGGCUGCGAUAGAUGCAAAUAGAGCUGCGAUGCAUUGUAUGGCUUCUGGUCAAUGCACUAGAGAGAACGGAAACAAAGGGCAAAGCGGUAGAAAAGUCACUUCGGCCCCUCAGAUGGGCGCCGUGGAAUUUCCUUGGGCUGGUCUUGAGGUCCAUGCCGGGCAUUCAACAGCUUAUGCUAAGAUUCUCGACGUCUUUCAUGGAAAGCGGUUGCGCAACUUGAAAUUUGUCUUACGCAUCUUCUUCGAGCAUCGCCUUGGAGACUUGAGCGAGACUUCAUGUUUAUUGGUGUUUGUGCAACAUGCAUCAAAUGGCCACUUGGCCACAAGCUUUGCGAUUCGACCGAAUUCACAGACCUGAGAUGAUGAUGCUCCUUUUGGCUAAGUCUAGCAUUUUGGCGCUUCAAUAUCAGUGGCGGCGCCUUCAACUCAAGGACAUCGACAUUACGAACAUUGACAGGCCUUCAAUUCGCUAUAGAGAGAACGGAAACAAAGAACAAAGCGGUAGAAAAGUCACUGCGGACUGUGAAAAGUCAAAGCCUGCCUGUGCAAUGUUUUGCACUGCCAUGUUAGUGGAAUACAUGUUCUU